AUGAUACUUGGGAGCUCGUGCCGAGACCGCCGGAUAGACUGGUCAUCCGGUACAUGUGGCUAUUUCGCCACAAAUUUAAGGCUGAUGGCGCUUUGGAAAGAUAUAAGGCCCGAUUGGUUGUCAAUGGUUGUAAAAGUCUCUAUAUGGCUUGAAGCAGGCUCCUCGGGCAUGGGGUUGGAUACUGCCUACUUGCUUUUGUACGUUGAUGAUAUUGUGUUAACUGCUUCAUCCACAGCACUUCUUAAUGAUAUUAUUGGCACUCUCUCUCGGGAAUUUGCCAUGACUGAUUCGGGCAGGCUACAUCAUUUUCUGGGUAUUAAGGUAACUCGUGGUCCGAAUGGCCUAUUUUUGGAUCAGGCUCAGUACACUAAGGAUAUCAUCUCGCGUGCUUCCAUGUCUUUAUGCAAGCCAUGUACCACUCCUGUCGAUCUGUCAUCAAAGUUGAGUGCUACAGAUGGUCCCUUGUUUCAUGAUCCCACUCUGUAUCGUAGUUUGGCUGGUGCUUUACAAUAUUUAACGUUUACACGACCUGACAUUUCUUAUGCGGUCCAACAGAUUUGUCUCGUUAUGCAUGAACCACGUGAGCCCCAUUUUUCUUUUUUAAAGCGCAUCAUUCGGUAUCUUCAAGGAACUAUUGACUACGGUAUUCGUAUCGUUAAGUCGGCUACUCAUUCAUUACUCGCAUAUUCUGAUACGGAUUGGGGAGGUUGUCCGGACUCACGUCGGUCUACUAGUGGAUAUUGUGUAUUUUUGGGGGACAAUUUAAUUUCAUGGUCGUCGAAACGACAGCCUACUAUUUCUCGCUCUAGCGCAGAGGCAGAAUAUCGGGGGGUCGCCAAUGCUGUUGCAGAGGCUACAUGGAUCCGCAACUUGCUUUUAGAGUUAUGUCUUCUGCUUCGUCAGGCUUCGGUCAUCUACUGUGAUAAUGUCUCAGCUAUUUAUUUGUCAAACAAUCCUGUUCAGCAUCAGAGAACGAAGCACAGAGAGAUUGAUAUUCACUUUGUUCGGGAGAAAGUUCGUGUGGGUGAUAUUCGGGUCCUUCAUGUUCCAACAUCCUUGCAAUAUGCGGACAUUUUUACCAAAGGGCUUCCUCGUUAUCUUUUUCAGUCUUUUCGAUCCAGCUUGAGCGUUUGUCCUACGCCCGCUCAAACUGCGGGGGAGUCUUAG